AUGCGUCUAUUAGUGGUUUUAAGCAACAGCGCGGCCGUAGCUCUAGCAGCCUCACCACGAGCUAUACAACAUGUCUCGAGGGCUGAGAAAGUUGAGCCAUGCGCCGAAGUCAGUAACUUAUGGGGCGCUCAGAUUUCAAGUACCGCCUUACCGAGUGUGCCCGCAUCUCUUGCUUAUGCCUGCCUGAAUACAAUUCCCCUGCAUAAAGACGCUGGCAUCGAGUUGAUUGACUCUUUGGAGCCGUAUCUCGAGUGGCAGACGGACGCGGCCUACAAGGCAGACCCGCCUGCCGAUUACUUCUACCCGCCCCACGACAUUUUCAAGGCACUUGCCGGCGUGAGGGCGGAUCUUGUGGCGGACAAGUAUACCAACGAAUACGAGUUCCAGGUGGAUCUUUAUGCUCGAGUAUUUGCUCCAGCGCACGAUGGACACUUCGUCUUUUAUCCAGAUGCGCUGACCAUUGCGUUUGAAUGGACACGCGCGAAGCCCAUCGUGUCAAUCAGUGAAAAUGGACGGGAUUUGCCCGUGAUUAAGCUCUAUGCGCCUAUAAUCACAAAGAUCAAUGGCAUCGAGGCUUCAAAAUACGUCCUUGACACCAUCGCAGUGGCCUCCUUCAACCAGGAUAUAGAUGCCGCUUACAACUCCAUGUUUUAUACGAAAGGGUUCGCAGCGGCCACGGGCACUCAAGGAUACUUUUCAAGCGGCGGCCGCAUCCGAUAUCUUUACCAGGGCCCAGAGACGACAUUUACCUUUGCCAAUGGAACAACUGCAACCUUUGAGAACACUGCAUCCGUCAAAGCGAAUAUGACGGGCGUCGUGGACGGCCAGUCCUAUUUUGAUACCUUUUGCUUUCUGAGUAUCGAUUUCUUUCGACGCAGUGCUGUACCUGCUCAACCUGCUACUAUCGGCGCGAGAGCCCAACCGGGCCAAAACCCCGGAUACCCAGUGCCAGUCCUCGCUACUGACGACGGUAUUGUGUCUGGCUACUUCCUCGAAGGUGACGGUUUGGACGAUGUCGCAGUCAUCUCGAUCCUCACCUUUGAGCCCCGCUCCCCGCCCCAAUUCCAGGCCGUCGUCCAAAACUUCUUUGCGGAAGCGGUAGCCGCCAGAAAAUCGAAGCUUGUUAUCGACUUCCAGGGCAAUCCCGGAGGUUACAUAGCGCUGGGCUAUGACUUCUACGGCCAACUCUUCCCGCAUAUCCGAGCGGAUGGGUUCUCGCGGUGGAAGCUCAGUCCAGAGUUCGAGACUAUCGCCCAGGUCUUUGGUAACGCCACCAAGGGCGUGAAUCCUUAUACUGAGGCUGAUAUCGGAAAGAUUCAGGCGUAUUUGACUUCGGAGAAUUGGCGCUUCGACCUGGACAAGGAGGAGAAGCCCUUUACCAGUUUUGCGGACAAGUUUGGACCAAGAGUUUUCCAGGAUACAAACUACACGGCUCUCAUGCGGUGGAAUUGGAGCGAUCCUCUGAUAUCGACUAACUUCACAACCGGAUUUGGCCUCGGGAUUUCAGGAUAUGGAUCUCGCACAAAUCUCGCUCAACCGUUUCUUCCGGAGAAUAUUAUCCUUCUUUAUGAUGGAUCCUGCAGCUCGACUUGUACCUUGGCAUCCGAAUUCCUGAGAAUCAACGCAGGUGUCAAGUCUGUUGCUUUCGGCGGCCGGCCGAAGAAAGGCCCGAUCCAGGGAGUCGGCGGAGUGAAGGGUUCGCAAGUAUACCAGAUCACCGAUAUCUACCAGCUCGCCGAGCAUGGAAUAAUCCUUGGCACGAGUCCAGCGAAUGAAGAGGCAUUGCAGAACGUUAACCCCCUCCCGGUCGUCCGGAGCACGGCGGGGUCGGUGAAUGUGCGAGACCAGAUCCUCCGACCGAACUUGCACGAUGGCCUUCCAGCGCAAUUUGUCGUCGAGCAUGCCGACUGCCGGCUCUAUUGGACAGCGCCUAUGGUUAAUGAUAUCACCGAGGUCUGGAAGGCUGCUGCCAACGCAGCCUUUAACAAUGCCAAGUGUGCAAACGGUGGCAUUGCGUACAGGGCUCCGAAGUCUCUUGUCCGGCCCGCUGCGAACCCGAAGUUGCCUAUGGAUGUUGAUUUCGACAAGACAGAGCGCUCAGGGCUGUGGAACGCAAAGUUCCGUCUCCGUACUACAGACUGA